AUGGAGGACCCCUCCAGAGACCCAGAAGACCCCCGCCCGCGGGGGGGUAACAUCAGUUGGGGAGCUAUUAAUAACUGCCCUCCCCUCCCUGUCAUAUUUCCUGAACUGUGUGGGGAAGGCGAUUGUGAGGCGCUCUGCUGGAAUUUGGCAGCGCGGAGGCUUGGAGAGCAGCCCCAUGCUGGCUCCUAUUCAGCGGGCCAGUUUUCCUCGAGCUUUGGAAGUUUCACUCAGCCGUGCACUCAAUGGCUUCACAAAGCUGAUUACAAGCUUCAGCGCAUUCCUGAAGGAGCCAAAAGCGACGCAGGUGCAAACGAGCCGAGGGAGCCCCUUAUCCCGGUGACAGAAUGGGACAAGCUGGGAAAGGCUUGGACCACACAAAUCCAAGGCUCACCAGGCAGCAGAGAGCCUGCCUUGGGAACCGNGGGUCAUUAUCCGCCCUAUUCAGCGGGACCGGGGACCCUGGGGCCGGGGAGGCCGGCCGGGCGCAAGCGCCACCGCCAGUGCGCGCCUGCAGCAGUGGGGACCCCGCUGGGCGUUGCAACCCGUCGGGAUGUUGGGCGCUGCGUUUGUUCCCACCGACAGCGGUCCGCGAAAUCCAUCCUGCGGGUGAAAGCCAGUGUCCAGGCUAACCGGGAUACAGGAGAACGAGGGUAGCGAAGAUGCUCAGUGCGUGGACAGUGCGUAACUUCGUCUCCAUCACAGUCACUUAUCUGGAAACCUGCGGCUGGAUUAAUCGCUAUAUUCCCAAGAUGAGCGGUGCUGCAAUCCGCAGUGAACACGGGUGGGAACAUGGAAGCUUCCCCUAGGUUCUUGCGGGGGCGGGGGGCGGGGGGCAGCAGCUGGCCAGCUCCCUGCAGUAGAUGCUGCACAGUUGCUAGCACCUGUUUGGGCUCGGGUUGGGGGUCUACGGGCACUUAGGUGCACAGAAGAUGUGGAAAAGAGGAAGGAAACAGGCUUGUGGGGACUCCCGGCCUGAGAGAGGUUGGUUAGCUCUCAGUAAAGGCACAGAACUGCCUAUAUAAAGAGCUUUUUAACCUGAAAAUGAUGCUGCUGAGUCUUCAUACCGUGGUCUAUUCAGAUGCAGAAAAAUGUUCCCUCCCAUCUUGAUCUCCCAGCCUCACCCUACCACACCCACUGCUACGCCUUAGGCCCCUCCCCUGGAAUUUCCUCCUNCGGGAUCCUGGUCCUACAAGGGUUAGUAAUAUUUACUUAGGAACUGUGGGAGUGGAAAUAAAUCCUAGUUGUUCAGCCCCUUGUCCUACCUGUUCGAGUUAAAGACGGUGGGUUGUAGCCAGGCAGUGGUGGCGCACAUCUUUAGUCCCAGCACUUGGGAGGCAGAGACAGGUGGAUUUCUGAGUUUGAGGCCAGACUGGUCUACAGAGUGAGUUCCAGGACAGCCAGGGCUGUACAGAGAAAUCCUGUCUCAAAAAAUCUAAAAUAUAAAAAUAAAAAAUAAAAUAAAAUAAAAAAAGAUGGUGGAGUGUGUGGUGCCAAAGCUCCAGGGAGAACACUUGUCUACAAAAACUUUCUCUGCUGAGGUCAAAGCAUCAGCUUUGAGGGAACUACCACUUGGUGUUGGAGGUUUCUGCGCCUGGGCAAUGGUGUCUCUGUAGGUGUGAAAGCUGGGCAUCAGCUUGUGACAGUUUUAGGCCACAGAAGCCGAAACUGUGUGCCUCCAUUUUGGCAGCAUAUUAAACAUCCAAGAGUGACCACCCAUUGGUCCAUCACAUUAUUAGAUUGUUAGAUUAGGUGGUACCCCAGGAUGCUUCCCCAACAACCUCUGCAAGCUCCUCUUAAAAGUCUCCUGGUUCUUCCUCUCCAGCAGUGAAAGCAAACAUGUGAAUCCCUGCAAAGCAAGCCGAGCUAAGNUUCCCAGGACGGUCAUCCUCGUGCCCUCUGGAGGCCUUCCGGCUUCAGCUCUCACCUGAAUCCUGUCACCUCUGAUAUGUGGACAAUGCUGAGCUGGACAGCCCCUGGGCAACCAGGCAGAACAGUCUAUGCAAAUGCCGGAGGGCAACCCUGGGAACAGUGCACCCAUUGUCCGGGGCCUUUCAAAGCUGGGAGCAGCUGCUCAGACUGGCCGCCCUGGACCCUUGGCUGCCAGAGUAAUGUCAUCAUUGCAAGACAUAGACUCUGAAAAUUAUACGACCCGAAUUC